UCACUUGACAUGAAAUCCCCCAUAUUACAAAUUUUUAGUUGUUUUUUUUCAAUUUCACUUUCUGAUAUUAUUGAGUUUUUCCUUCUCCUGUAAAGUAACUAAAAGUUGAGAUACGACGUUUCUAUAUUAAGCCAUCGAUAUGUAUCGCGUGAUCUAUUAUCCGAAUUUCAAAAUAUUCCCAAUAAGCACUAAAUCCCCAAAAAUGCAAGCACAUUUUGUUGGAAUUCGAAUUGAAUGCAAAUGUAAUAUGUUUUAAACUUGAAAAAUCCGCGAUCCGGAUCGCGUAAAAUUAUGCUAUUUUGCGAUAUCGAUCGCGAUCCAUAAAUACCGCAUGCUACACUACACGUUCAAUAAAUAUCGCGAUAACAAAAUGUAGAUCAAUCAUAAGUAGAUCAUUCUGGUGUUCAGAUGUAGCAGUGCCCUAAUGUACCUAAUUUUGUAUAAACAUACAUACAUUUGUAUAAUUUAUUAACAGUGGAGUGAGUAACUUGUACUCAUAAACCGUACAAGUGAUAUGCUUAGUUACUGUUGGAAAAGUAUCACAUAAAUGUACAUAUUAAUGUGAAACCGAUGAACAUGUCAUAAAAAAGUGCAAACAACGAAUAAACAAAAAAAAAACUGCAAUAUUAACGGAAGCACAGUAUCCGGAAAAAAAACUUUACUGUUAUCAACGUUGUUGUGGUGGUGUAACACAUACAUACAUACAUAUUGUAUCUAUGUUUUACAAUCCCUUCAGUUUUAAUAGCGACAAUGUAUACCUUUUAGAUAGUACUUUUCGCUGGUUACUAGUAUGCCAUCAAUGUAUUAUAGCCUGUAGUCAAUUGUCAGUUUAGUGUAUAUUAGUAAUCUAAAGUAAUGCUUAAUUCCUUGACAUACCUACAUAUUUUACUUUAUGAAGUGGUGAGUGUGAAAAAUAACCAAAAGUAUGUGUUCUUUUGUAAUCUAUGUAGAGUCAAUUGACUUUUUCCUUGGAUCCGAAAUGUUAAAACAUCUAAAUCGGUGGUAAUUCUUAAUGGUAGGGAAACUACUAGUUCGGAGGCGGCCAACCGAACUACUGGGAUAUGUUUUGUAGGUUCGUGUAUACGUACGUACGUUCAUAUGUACGGUAUAAUACGUACGUAUUUCUCUUUAAUACGCUCUUUGGCCAACAUAGUAAGUAAACAACAAACAGAGCGCCAAAACUAUUUUGUAUAUUAACGAGGGCUUAGCUAAAGUCGAUUCAAUGAUCUUGGCGUAAGUUUGUUAAUCAGUCAGUAGUGAGUGGAGGAGCAUCGUUUGUGCAUUGUAUCGAAUCAAGCACGCAUCGUUACUAUACGGCUAUGCAGAACCAUCAACAGCAGCAACAACAACAACAUCAACACCAAACACAAAGAGCUUCCGCGCAAUCAACAUCAGCUGCUGCUGUGGCAACAACACAUUUUACCAACACAGCAAAAUUACCAAUAGAAACAGUUAAAUUGUUGAUUGGAUCUGUAUCACGUAGACCCAAUCUAUGGAUUCGCACUAACAAUGGUCAAAAAAGAUCCGAUAUAAAUGCAUUGUGGCAACAAGUUAGUCAAGAGGUUCAUCUACCAGCCGAUAUUUGUCGAAUAAAAUGGGGUCAUUUGCGUGAUAACUUUCGGAAAGUGUUCAUUCGAAACACCCUAUCAGCUGAACCACCUACUACAUGGCGUUUCUAUAAUGAUAUGCGUUUUAUGGAAGCACCUGUUGCUGAAAACGUGAUGCGCCAUCAUAGACUACGCGAACAAUCUCUUUACUGGCAGGGAGUUAACAGUGCCGAACCACGACAAAGCUCAUCGGCGUCAUCUACAGCAGCACUGCAUGAUAAUUGCGAUCGAUCCAUACAAAAUCAAUUUGAUUUUUCUGAAAUAUCAGCAUUCUUUCAAAAUCAUGGUGCCACCAUCAACAAACGUAUUAAAUUAGAAACCUCUGAAUCGGAAACAUCAUUACACGAUUUGACCCAAAUUACGCCACCAGCAAACACUUUUUUUCAAAAUGGCAAUGCAUAUGAAAUAUCAGACAUAAAGUCAGGUCAAACACAUAUUGUGAAUGAAGUCGAGGCCCAUAAUGGUCAUGAUAACACCAUUGAUGACAACGAUGAUGAUGAUGACCAGUUUGAUGAAGAUGCUACCUCAGUAGAGGACAACUAUCCGAUAUCUGUAAGAAAUGAGAAAUUAUCAAAUGACAAUAACUCUAAGGUUAAUAUACAAAAUUGCAAUCCAUCCAAAAACGAAAUUAAGGCGGAGGAAACAUGUGCACAUCUUCAUGAACAGGAUUCAGAUCGUAUGUUUCUAUUAAGUUUGUUACCAUAUUUACGAAAAGUUAAAGAGCAAAGAAAACUUCAAGUUCGUCAAAAAUUGCAAGAUGUUUUAAUACAAGAGUUUGGUUGAGGUAACUAUACACGAUUGUGGAUAAAAUAAUUGAAUCACUAAAAGACUCGAAUAAAAUGGCAACCAUAACACCGCCACACUAUUGUCAAAGUAACCGAAAUAAAAUGAACAUUUAAUAAUGGAGUUAUAAAGAAAAAUACACUCGAUACACCUGCACCUAAACAGUUUUUUGCGGUCCCAUUGAUUGAACUUACUAUAAUUUUGUAUACUUUUACUGUACCCUUCAACAUGAAUAGUAAGGGAUAUAUAAGUUUCCAAUUUCCACAAACGUAAUUUUCGAACCCAAUUUUAUCGCCAUGUACCUAAUCUUUAUUGAGCCACUGCAUAUAGUAUAUUCUGGAUCCUCAUAGAUGGCGAUGUCCGCUCCUUCAUUAUUAAUACAUCAAUAUAUCUUGUAUGAUUCCGAAUUGGUUGCUAUUGAAAAUAGGUAAAAUCGGUUCAUAAAUGUCUGAGUUAGGAUCAAGAAAAAAUUAAUUCCAUCUCAUAUCUGCAAUAUCGGUCCAUGAUAUAAGCAAAAACCAGUAAAAUACCCACUUCAACUAAAAAAUAUUAUUUUCAACUACUCUCAAGGGACCGACACCUUCAGAGUCGUUAUAAACCUCGUUUCACUGUAUUCAAAAACUUACGAUGUACCUUACAAAUCAAUUGGUGAUUCGAUUAUUUUGUCCAUAUACUACGUAUGUAUAUUUGUAGGUAUAACAAAAAUAGAUAAACUUAAAUUUAUAAGAUAAAAUAAGAUUUUUAAUUGUAUUUUUUUUACAAUGAAGAAAGUAUUACGAAUAAAUUAUAUACUAAAAACAUA